AUGGCCCCCGAUUCAGCCCACCACGGUGACCCAGACGACCAGACAGACCUCACCAGCAACCAGACAAGCACGCCUUCAAAGACACUGCCACUCAUGUCCGACUCGAUUCAUGAACCCUCUCAGAUCGACGACAAGGCCUCGCCCGCCUCUGCCUCGUCCAACAAGGACCAUAACGACUCGGCGACCAAGAAAGCAAAUGCAAAAGAUCCCUCGAGGCCACGGAGGAAAAAGGCACGAAGAGCGUGCUAUGCCUGCCAGCGCGCACAUCUGACAUGCGGUGACGAACGGCCAUGUCUUCGCUGCAUCAAGCGUGGCUUGCAAGACCACUGCCACGAUGGAGUCCGAAAGAAGGCCAAAUACCUACACGACGCUCCCAACGAAGCCUUGAUCCCGCACGCCUUCAACCAGAAUCAGAACCAGAUGAACCAGUCUACUCCUGCUACUGAGCCCACUCCCGCAGCUCAGUCUUCGUCAUCAUACUAUCAGACUCCUGUUGGUGCCCAAGCCUUUGCGAACUUCGGCCAUACUCCUUCUGUGGCUCCCAUCCACUCUCCCUCGACCACUGAAUCCCCCAUGGUUCACUCUAAUCCAUAUGUUCCUCAGCAGAACAUGGUUACCCAGCCUUUUCCAUCAACUGCUUCUCAACAGAUGCCUCCUCCUCAAGACCCCAUCUCAUCUAUCGCCCAUAGUUCUGGAGACCCAAAGCCUGGCCAACCGUUUACUGCUCCCUUCUUUGAUCCUGCCGACCCUUCACUCUUCAAUUUCGACAUCUCAAGCCUAAACUUUGGUAAUCAUUAUGGUGCUUUAGAAUUCGGCAUGCUUGGACAUAUGAGUUCUGGUGCCGUCGAGACGCCUGAUACCGAGAACAACAAUCUAAUGAAUUCGAUACCUUAUGACCCGGCCAACUCGAACUACUCAGCCACCUUUCCCUACAGCAAUACAGGCUUCACCGACUGGCAACGCAACACCGAUGGCACCAGGCAAAACAGCUCUGGCCAGGUCUUCUCCAUAACAGGAGACAGCAGUUUUGACGGCCAAAUGAAUUUCCCCAACGCUUUUGCUAUCGGCGAGAAUGGCUCUAUGUCUGGAGCAAGCCCCAGCGCCGCAAACAUGAUGGACUUUGGCACAGGAUAUAACUCGAGUCCUGUCGCUUCGGCGCAACACAUGCUGCACAAUCCAAGUCAAGAUUACAGUCGCCAUCAAUCUCGACCACAGAUCAGAAACAGUCUCUCAACCAACGAUAUACAUCAAAUACGGCCGAAUCAACAUAGACGACGACGAGAUCCUUCUGAUAUAUACACAUCAGUGACCGCGCCAUACUCAUACACUACUGGUUUCCACGCCUUGACUGCUUGCCUCCAAAGACUAUACUCGCCACAAAAGACCGCGCGAAUCGCCAGAGCGCUGGCAGCCAUUCGACCAUCGUUCAUAUCUUGCACAAAACAAUUGAACGUUGACGAUCUAAUAUUCAUGGAGAAGUGUUUCCAGAGGACCUUGUUCGAAUACGAUGACUUCCUGACAGCUUACGGAACGCCGACACUCAUCCUGCGUCGCACUGGUGAGGUCGCUGCUGUCAGUAAGGAGUUCUCGCUACUGACCGGAUGGUCAAGAGACGUUCUGCUCGGCAAGGAAGCAAACUUAAAUAUCAACAUCGGGAAUGCAUCAGGCCGCCAGACUGGCACCAGCACAAGAGGUACUGCUACACCUCGUGCCCAAAGCAGUGCAGACACAGCUGGCCGACUACAGCCAGUCCUCCUUCCUGAGCUCAUGGAAGACGAUAAUGUCAUCGACUUCUACGAAGACUUUGCAAAGCUUGCCUUUGGAGACUCACGAGGUGUCAUGAUGAAACCUUGCAAGCUAUUGAAGUACAAGACCAAGGAAGACCCCGGCUGGAGUGCAGACCUGCUGGCUGAGCGAGAUAACAGACACAGUAGCGGCAAACCCGUCGGCCCACUCAUCAGUGGCGAAUCAGGAAUGAAUUCGCUCGGCGAUCGGGACGGCAAAGUGUCCUGCAUGUUCUGUUGGGUGGUCAAGCGAGACGUCUUUGACAUUCCCAUGAUGAUUGUUAUGAAUGUAAGUCUUCGUAUCCUACAAUCAUAUGUGGUCAGCAAUAUACUAACCCCAAAGCAGUUCCUACCGAUUAUCUAG